AUCUCAGCAGUGGGAGGAGAAGAAGAAGAAGAAGGAGACGGAGAAGAAGGGCUCUCGGUCUGUGGGGGGUGACGGAGGGGUCGAGCGUUUUUGUUGUUCCGCUGGUGGAUCCUGCUUAAACGGUGAACAGGAGGCACAACGACCCGAACCAGAGCAGCCCGACUCCGGAAAGAGCCUGGAGGAGCGGGUCGUCACGGAUCGGAACUAAGGCGCUUUUGUUUCUCUCUCAACUCCUGCGGGUUUGGGGGCUCCAGCGGCGGCGGCGGAGACGAUCCCGCUCGCCCAGGGAAGGAGGCUGGAAGUCGGGGACGCUUCCAGCCUGCAGGGCCGGGCGCCGUGGCGAUUGAGCAUCUGGAAUUUGGUGAACCCUUUGGGGCUCAGUGGAUGGGAUGGAGCCGGGACCAUCUGGCGCUGUGCCCACCGGGCCGUACCCCCCACCCCUGCAGCAGGUGUUCCAGGCACCCCGCAGGCCGGGCAUGGGCACCGUCGGCAAACCCAUCAAGCUGCUUGCCAACUACUUUGAGGUGGAAAUCCCAAAAAUGGAUGUGUACCACUAUGAAGUGGACAUCAAACCUGAUAAGUGUCCUCGACGGGUCAACAGGGAGGUUGUGGAGUACAUGGUCCAGCAUUUCAAACCGCAGCUCUUUGGUGACCGAAAGCCGGUGUAUGAUGGGAAGAAGAAUAUCUACACUGUUUUAGCGUUACCUAUAGGCAGCGAAAAGGUUGAUUUCGAGGUGACCAUCCCCGGCGAGGGGAAGGAUCGCAUCUUUAAAGUGUCCAUUCACUGGCUGGCCAAGGUGUCGUGGCGGCUGCUGCAGGAGACGCUGGUCAGCGGACGUCUGCAGGUCCCGCUGGACUCUGUCCAAGCUCUCGACGUGGCCAUGAGACACCUGGCCUCCAUGAGGUACACCCCAGUGGGACGCUCCUUCUUCUCCCCUCCUGAAGGCUACUAUCAUCCUCUUGGUGGAGGCAGAGAGGUGUGGUUCGGCUUCCAUCAGUCUGUCCGGCCGGCCAUGUGGAAGAUGAUGCUCAACAUUGACGUAUCUGCAACAGCCUUUUAUAAAGCUCAGCCUGUCAUUGAGUUCAUGUGUGAAGUUCUGGACAUCCGCAACAUCGACGAGCAGCCGAAGACGCUUACCGACUCGCAGAGGGUCCGCUUCACCAAGGAGAUCAAAGGUCUGAAGGUGGAGGUUACGCACUGUGGUCAAAUGAAAAGAAAGUAUCGCGUCUGUAACGUCACACGUCGCCCUGCUAGUCACCAAACGUUUCCCCUGCAGCUUGAGAGCGGACAGACGGUGGAAUGUACCGUGGCUCAAUACUUCAAGCAGAAGUACAACCUGCAGCUCAAAUACCCCCACCUGCCCUGCCUACAGGUGGGCCAGGAGCAGAAACACACCUACCUGCCCCUGGAGGUGUGUAAUAUUGUAGCAGGGCAGCGGUGCAUCAAGAAACUGACAGAUAAUCAAACGUCCACCAUGAUCAAAGCCACAGCGCGAUCCGCACCAGACAGACAGGAGGAGAUCAGCAGACUGAUGAAGAACGCUAACUUUAAUCUGGAUCCCUACAUUCAAGAGUUUGGAAUCAAGGUGAAGGACGACAUGGCCGAGGUGACGGGGAGAGUGCUUCCCGCUCCCAUCCUGCAGUACGGCGGUCGUAAUCGUGCCAUUGCGACUCCUAACCAGGGUGUGUGGGACAUGAGGGGAAAGCAGUUCUUCAACGGCAUCGAGAUCAAAGUGUGGGCCAUCGCUUGCUUCGCUCCGCAGAAACAGUGUCGGGAAGAGGUGCUCAAGAACUUCACGGACCAGCUGCGUAAGAUCUCAAAGGACGCUGGGAUGCCGAUCCAGGGUCAGCCGUGUUUCUGUAAGUACGCACAGGGAGCCGACAGCGUGGAGCCCAUGUUCAGACACCUGAAGAACACCUACUCCGGACUGCAGCUCAUCAUCGUCAUCCUGCCCGGAAAAACACCCGUCUACGCGGAGGUGAAGCGUGUGGGAGACACUCUUCUAGGAAUGGCCACUCAGUGUGUUCAGGUGAAGAACGUGGUGAAGACCUCGCCUCAGACGCUCUCCAACCUCUGCCUCAAAAUCAACGUCAAGCUCGGCGGCAUCAACAACAUCCUGGUGCCGCAUCAACGAUCGGCAGUGUUCCAGCAGCCGGUGAUCUUCCUCGGAGCAGAUGUCACUCACCCGCCGGCUGGUGAUGGGAAGAAGCCGUCUAUUACUGCGGUGGUGGGCAGUAUGGACGCUCAUCCCAGCAGGUACUGCGCUACCGUUCGAGUACAGCGGCCCAGACAGGAGAUCAUUGAAGACCUGUCGUACAUGGUGCGAGAGUUACUCAUCCAGUUCUACAAGUCCACCCGCUUCAAACCCACCAGAAUCAUCUUCUACAGGGACGGCGUGCCAGAAGGACAGUUACCACAAAUCCUGCACUACGAGCUGUUGGCCAUCAGAGACGCCUGCAUCAAGCUGGAGAAGGACUACCAGCCGGGCAUCACAUACAUAGUAGUGCAGAAGCGCCACCACACCCGCCUCUUCUGCGCUGAUAAAUCUGAAAGAAUCGGGAAGAGUGGGAACAUUCCAGCAGGAACUACGGUCGACACCAGCAUCACGCAUCCGUUCGAGUUUGAUUUCUACCUGUGCAGUCAUGCAGGUAUUCAGGGCACCAGCCGACCCUCACACUACUACGUCCUGUGGGACGACAAUCGCUUCACGGCUGACGAGCUGCAGAUUCUCACCUACCAGCUGUGCCACACAUACGUGCGCUGCACCCGCUCCGUCUCCAUCCCAGCGCCUGCGUACUACGCCAGACUCGUGGCUUUCCGUGCCCGAUACCAUCUGGUGGAUAAAGAGCAUGACAGCGGGGAGGGCAGUCACGUCUCCGGACAGAGUAACGGUCGGGAUCCUCAGGCACUGGCCAAAGCCGUGCAGAUUCACCACGACACCCUGAGGACCAUGUACUUUGCCUAAGCAAACCUUUGCCACACAGCCCUCGAGCCAGUUCCCCGGGUGCUACCAGUCCCAACGAGGAGUCUCACACUUUGAGUUUCGUUCAAUCUGGCUGAACUAUGCUCUUUUUUUAUUUAAUUGUGUAUUAUUGUAAACUACUUUCGCACUCCCACAAGUACGCAUGUAUGCAAUACGGAGGGAAGGACAAAGACGAAGCUGUCGUUUUGUAUGCCACCACAAAGCUGCCUCUUAACCUGACGCCCCAAGUGGAGGAAUCGUUGUUACUUCCUUUGGCAUUAUUUUUAUUGUUGUGAAAGUUUCUUUUUACUUCUGUGAAUGACAUGGUACAUAAGCACUUAGUUUUAGUCAAAAGGCAGUGAUCGACCGUAGCAGAAGCCGCGGACGCAGGUGUCUCGGAUCGAUUUUAGACUCGCCGUUAGUUAAAGAGUGGCCGAAUUAGCGUAACGAUAGAUGGACCACUGAGUGCAUCGCUGCAUUUGCACUCUCACAUCAGCAUAACACCGAAACCAGCAUUAUGCACCAGCCAACCGGUGAAAAAGGGCCCUCGUCUGUAAAACGUGCAGUUUACUUGCACUUGAAAAGGAUGAUUUUGCUAACUCUUUUUAACUUCCAGUGCACAUAAAUCUUCCUGAACUUAGAGGAAUAGUUCACCCAAGAAUGAUGAUUUUUAAAAUCAUUUAUUCGCUCUUGUCAUUGCAAACCCUAGAUUGUUUUUGUUUUUUCUCCCAUGAAACAGAACGAGCUGUUUUCAAUGCAGCACUAAAUAGAUGGUGAUUAAUAAUGUGAAGCUUCAGCUACGUGUCAUAAAACUAGUCCGCAUGACUUGCAUAUUAUAAUCCAAUCAUUUUAGUUUCCUGUAAGAAAAAGACCCCAAUUUUGAGUUAUUGUUCGCUAUUUUUUUAAACUCUGCUUUUUAUGUUUUAAAUCAGACAUUUUGCAUUUCUGCAUUUUUGGGUGAACUUUUCCUUUAAACCGUAUCUUCCACUGGCCUCUGUACACGAAGCAAUACAAGGUCACUGAAAGCAGUCAUAAAUAAUGUUUAAGGUGAUGGAAGAGAAUGAGAUGCCGAGAGCUUGAACCAUGCAGGAAUAGCUGUUUGUAAAUAGUGAGCCUGUCCUCUUUCCCACACAGGCUCACGAAGGCCGUUGGGUCGUCAUAGCCGUUCUGCAUUGUUUUCAAACGUGCCGUUGGUAACACUGCCACAUUCCCUUCCCAACAAGCACAUUUAACACUUGCCAUUAUCAUUGCACCUUUUUACCCUCGCCUGACGCCCGUGGGUGCAGCGAGAAUGUGGGCAUGCCGGAAAACACCUUUUCCGCAGGUUAGGGGAGCAUUAUGCCAUGUAAUCAUGUCAUACGGUGGAUGUAUGAAAUGCAUGUUUAAACUGAGUCGGUGUUGUAACUGGAGCCUCUUAGUAAUCAUAUUAAGUCUGAGCCCGUACUAAUAUUUGAUGCCAUACUUUCUCACCCGUUUGCCUUAAAAUGAAAGAGCUGUCAUUACAAAUCUGGAUUUUUUUUUUCUUUACACAACUGCAUACAAAUAACACUUCAUAGGGUGAACAAAUAAUGACAGAGUUUUCAUUUUUUGGUGAACUUUCCCUUUAAGGAAACCUUAAAAAGUGGCUUAAGAGUCUCUACAAGGGUGAAAGACUCGCCUCAAAGCACCUAAAACGGUUUGUUGAAAUUCAAAGGGAUUUUAAUGGAAUGGUUGACCAUGUUUUGUUUUUUUACUCACCUUUAUGAAAUGUAUACAAAGACACGCCUUUAUAUUAGGUUUUACCAAACCAACGAGGUGAUUUUUAUUGAUGCCCGCUGUACAAUAUUGAUCCGGUCUGUCCUAGACUAAAUAUUCUGAUGCAGUACUUGACUCUCAGAAGUCACAGCAUCUCAUGGCUGAUGAAGAAGAUGGAGGUGCGUGAUGGUGUAAUUGGAGAGUGAACUUCACCCGACCUCAAUGUUUAAGCAAUAUUAAGCCACUGAUAAAGAACAGUCCAUAUCAUAGCACUUCCCGGUAGAUUCAAUGAAUGAACACAUAAGCAAGUCAUUUUGGCUCUGUAUGUAAUAGUUAGAGGACUUUGUUCGGGAUGAUUAUUUUUUAAAGGAAAUAAAAGUUGUUUUUUAUUAAA